AUGUAAGUUGCUCCAUUUUGCUUAUUCGCUGUCAACUCGUUUGUUACAAAAAUUUUUCAAGGGAAAGUUAUUUACAACAAGAAUCAUGUUAGAGCUCUAGUUCAUCCAGUCCUUUUAUACCAAUAAAAUGAUGACCCUAUUCUAAUGAAAUUAUACAGAGAAAAUUAUUUGUAUACAACAGCUUGGUAUCAAUAGAAUUCUACUACUAUAGAUGGUUUAGAUAGUGAGGCUUAAUAAUUAAUUCUAAAUAUGUAUAAACUAACUCCCUUGAUGAGAGCUAUAUAAAACGAAAAUAAAUUUAAUCCAGGUUAAAGUACAGAUUAUCUUCCUCUUAAUUAAGUGGGUUUUGGAUUCGAGUUCGAAGGAUUGAUGUUUAUGAAUUUUCUUAAUAGUUCUAUGAGUAAAGUGGACGUACCAGGGUGUUACUAAGGAAAGUUUAUUUAUGAUCCUAGAUGUAAACUUUGGUAUCUUGAUGCUUCUAAAUUUCUUUCGUUUUCUAUAUUACAACCAAGAAUAACAAUAACUCCUCCUCAAGCCCAUAUUUCUCAGUAAGAGUGUUAAAGAGUUAGACAUUACAACUCAACUACUAAAAAAAACGAGCUUAAACAUAUAGUGUGCUUAGAUGUCAUUCUAUCCACACUUGAUGAUUUAUUUAGCAAUGUAGUUAAAUCUACUAAAUAAUAUUAUAUCAUAGAUCCUAGAUCAUAAUCAAUAAUCUAUAAUUCAAAAAAGGAUUUUUCGUUCGAUCAAUUAUAAAUUGAUAAUUUUUCUGAUUUAGAGCUUACAUUUCUAUAAUCAUAAGAUGAUGCAAAACUACUUAAUGAUACUAUUAAUAAUAACUACAACACAUGGUCACUUGACUAGCUGCCUUAUGCAGAUAGUUAAAAUUUAUUUAAUUAUACUAAUUAAUAUAAAUUAAUUCCCUACAAUAGAAAUGGUACUUUGCAUUAGGUUAUUUUGAAUCCAAUUAUUAUUUAAGAUAGAAUUCCUUAUUACAUAAGUGAAGUAGAAAAAGUUUAUGGAACAUAAAUGAGUUUAGCAUACUUAUAAAUAAAUAUGAUUUCAAAUGAAGAUUUGUAAUAAUAAUCACAAGAUCUCUUAAAGCUUUAAAAUCUUAUAUAGUUGACUGUUAGCAUAAUUUUAUUAGUGUUAAGCUUAAUUUCAAUAUUUAUUUCUAUUUAUUAUGCACUACAAAUUUUUAACCUGGUUUAAUAGCCUAUUUCACAUCUUUGCUCAAUUUUAAAGAAAAUUCAGAGACAAAAUAAACAUUGUGACAUGCAAUAAAUUUUGCAGUAGUAUGAAAAUAGGGCGACGGAGAUUUUUCUAUCACAAGAAACGAAGGAACUCUAUGAGUCAUUUUAUUAAGUAUUUUAGAUUUUACUCUACACUUCUGAAAGCUUUUUCUCUGAAAAUGAAAGUAAAACGUUGAUCAGAUUGUGUAAAGAAAUAGACUUUCUUUAACAAUUCUAGAAUUACCAUGCAAUUGGUAUAACGCAUAACAAUAUUGGAUGUUUGCUUUUAAAUAAGCAACACUAUUUUUAAGCACUUGAGCACUUUUCUCAGUCUAUAAUAUAUGCAAGAUAUUAGAUAGAAUAAUUUUGUUUGAGUAAACCAGACUCAAUAUAUUGCAAUAUCCUUAGAUAAUUUUGUUAUAGUGACAAAGUAAUUGGUUCUAAACAGAACAAAUUGAAUAUAGAAUCAAUUGAACUCAUGACUUCAUUUUUCUAGAAGAAUUAAAAAUUGCAUUUUCAGAGUCUCUAAAAUUAAGCUAGUCUAGAUCAAACCAAUAACUAAAAUAGUGAAAAAUAAGAUUAGACAUUUUUAAAAAAAAUGUAGGCAAAUAGAAAUCCUUCAUAGUAGCGUUCCACAAGAGAUUGCCCUAAUUAUUAAGAAAAAAGGUUAUCAGAUAAAAACAAUAACUAAGACAGUUCGAUAUGCAAUUAAUCUACCCAUAAAUGCCCUUCUGGUAAUAAUAAUAUUGAAGAAAUUAACAAUUAAUCAAAUUAAUAAUUGUUAGAUGAAGACUAAAAUCGUAGUUUACCAUCAAAAUUUUCAGAAGUCGAAAACAGAUAAAUUAAAUCAUAUACAACAUCAAAAAAAGUAUAAAAUUAAUACUAAAAAGAAUACCAAUACAAAGGGAAAUAAUAAUUACAUAUCAUCCCUAACAAUAACUAACAGAAUGACAGUAAGAUUUAUGAAAAAAAAUUAUUUUCUCCAAGGUAAAACUCUCAGCAAAUUCUUAAUUUUAAUUCAGAUUAAAAUUUUAACAUUAAUUCCAACCAUAAGUUAAACAUUAAUGAAAUUCGAUCUCCUAAUGCUUCGAUUAAUUACAAUUAUAAUGCUUAAAAUAUAGUUUUAAAAGCUGAGACAAAUCAAUUAAGUAUGAUUAAUAAUACUUCGAAAAAUUAAGAAAAUAGUAUCAGCAUCAGUGUUUAGAGAAAUAAAUAGGACUAAAACGAAGAAAAUAAUAGCUUAGAAUAUAUUUUUGAAAGUAAAAGAAAAAAAAAUAGUGAAUAGAAACAAUUUAAUGAGUUUAAAAAUUACUAAUUUAUCUAAUGUGAGCAGCUGAAACUUUAAAUAAAUUUCACCAGAGCUGAAUAUUAUAUUAAAAUUUAAGAUUUUAAGAAGGCUGCAGAGAUUUUAACUUUUAUUUUAGAAGAUAACUUCAUAGUAAUGUCCCACUUUCCUUAUAAAAUUAUAUAUAAAUUAAAAAGUAUAUUUGACAGAUGCAACAUCAGUUCACCUGAUUUAGAUCUGAUUUACAACAAAUUUAACAAAGACCUUUUUUUUAAAGUAGGAGUAAUUUUUAAUAACAUCAGAGAAGAUUAGUAAAACAUUAGAGAGCUUUAAUUAAUAAGCAAUUUAGUAAACGAUGUUUUGAAUAAAAGUGAAGAUCAAUUAGGCAUUGUUUUAUUUGAUAGCUAUCAAAAACAUAUCUACUAAUAUAUUGAUUUAAACAAAGCCAUAUUUAUUAAACCAAUUAUGAGCUAUAUUAUUUAUGAUAUACAAAAUUAUUUUUCUGUAUCUACAUUUUUAAGUCUAGAUUUAAAAACAUUAAGCAUUAUAAGUAAUAAAUCAUACACAGAUUAAAUUUAUAAGCAUGAAAACAACAAAAGAUCAAAAUAUGGUUUUUAGUAACUUUCGUAGGUACCUCCAUGCUUAGAAUAAAGCUAAGAAAAUGAAGAUAAAGUAUCGAUUAAUUAAAAUUUAUACAAUUUUGACCAACUUGAUAAUGAAAGUAUAGGCAAAAUAUUUAUUUAAGAUUAUAAAUUUAUUAAAGAAAGUAGUAAAUUUAAUUCAAAAUUACCUAACUAGCAAAAUACUGAAUUAAAAAUAAAUCAACUUAAUGGAGAUGUUUCAGGAGUUUCAGAAUUAAAUAGCUAAGAAUUUUAUGAAAAUUGGCUUAGUGAUUCCUUCGAAGUGAAAUAGACUGAGUAAAAAAAAUAAAAUUAAUUUUUACAUGUGAAUUAUCUUUUAUCAACUUAAAAUAUUUUAAGUUCUCCAAAAUCAGAAAUGGAAUUAAUAGAUCAUCAAAUAUGUGAAAAAGAUUUAUUAAAUUUAAAAGUUUUAAAAGAUAAAAAAUCAACUGAAUAAGCAAAUGAUUAAUAAAAUUAGUUUAAUGAAUAAAAACAUACCAAUAGAUUUAUUCCAAUCAAGUAAAAAGAAGAAACUAAAUAUAUAUUUUGUGAAGAAAAGCAAUAAAAAAUAUAAUCUUUAGAUAGCUUUUAGAGCAAAGAAUUCCUGCUAACCCCUUAAAGUCUUUAACAUAAUUAAGAAUAAACUCAUGCUGAAGAAGUUAUAGACAGAAACACUGCAUUCCAUCUUUCUAUUAGGAAAUCAAUUUUACAAUUUUUUAACCUAACAUUUUAGGCCUACUCAAACUAAUUUGAACAGAUUGAUUACAGCCAAACAAUUUACUUAGCUAAAAUUUGUGGAUUCGAAUGGCUUUAAAAAAGUGAGUACUUGAAUUAUACUUGGUUUUAAUAAAAUAUCACGAAUGUAAAAUAAUUGUCUCCUGUUGGUUAGAACGUAAUAUAAAAUAUAUCACAUGGAAAUUUUCUUUCUAGAGCAUAUUAGUAUGUAUUCGAUAAUUAGGAUUAAGAUAAUUUUUUGUAUUUAAAAAUUGAUAAAAUUGUUUCAGGGUUCUCAGCUGAUGGCUUAUAUUAUUCUAGUGGUUAAAACACAACUUUUAGAUAUUCUUCACCAGCUAAUUGUACAAAAGGAAAAUAUAAUGUAGACGUUAGGUGUUUGUCUUGGUAUAAAUUAGGGUUGCAACAAUCUUCCCUCUAUGCUUUAUCUCCAUUCUAUAGUUCUAUUAACAAUAACCAUGCACUUUCUUCUGGUAUAUGCUAACCAUUAAGAAACUAUAAUGCCACUUUAUAAUAAGAUAGCAUAUACAUGGUUUCAUGUGUGCCUCUUUAUUUAGACAAGUUUUAAAUCUACUUUCAAAACUUUAUUAAUUAAACUAAGCAGUCUUAUUUAAUUGAGCCUAGAACUUAGUCAAUAGUAUAUAAUUCUUAGUAGGUUGGAAAGCAAAAUACUAUUUAAUAUUUUAGCGAUAUAGAACUUUCAAAAAACUCAAAUAUCUAACAGGCUUAGAUUUUAAAUGAUACUAUAAUCUAAAAUUAUACUUAAUGGGUUUAUUUAAAAUUUAAUCAAACAAAUCUAUAAUAGCUAAUAGAUACUUAGUUAAACUUAAUAACAUAAUAACAAUAUGUAAAAAAUGAUAAAAACUAUACUGUAAUUUUAAAUCCAAUUCUCUUAAUAGAUAAGAUACCUAGAUUUAAAGGUGUUAAAUUUCCUUAAACUUAAGAAUUCAGAUUAGAAAUGUUAUAUCUUUAGAUAAAUUUUCUCUCUGAUGAAGACUUAAGAGCAUAGGCUAAUGAGCUCUUAUAGAAAUUCAAUUUCUAUGCCUUAGGGAUCAUACAUAACAAUAUUGGCAGUAUACUUUUAUCUCAGGAUCAUUUUUUUCAAGCAUUAGAACAUUUUUCUAUGGCAACUUUAUAUGCUUAAUAUGAAAUAUAAGAAUUCCUCUAAAAUAAUAAUGACAUAAGUAUUAAUCCUAAUAUAAAAUUAUUUUACUUUAAUGAUAGUUAGUUAAUAAAUUUAGAGUAAUAAGCUAAAGAAUUAAAUAAAAGUAUGUCCUCCCUAUCCAUUACUUAGAAAAUAUCUUAUCAUAAUAUUCUAACAAGUGACAAAAAAAAGAGAUAUUAAAGUUUAGCAAAACUGAGUGUCUAUCUUAAUAAAAAUGAUAAAUCUAACUCUUUAUACUAAAGAUAAAUAGUUUAGGAUAAUCUAAAUGUAAUUUAUUAAUAAAACGAUUUAUUGAUUAAUAAUUUAAAUAAUUAAAAACCAACUCAAUUAUGGGAUAAUUCGAGUGUAUGUUAAUAAGAUAAUGAGAAUAUUUAAAAUAAAGAAAGAUUGACAAUUAAUUAAAAAGAAUCCUAAAUGAUUAGUGUUGAUAAAAGAAAACGAUUAUCGAAAUAGAAUAUUAUUUAUCUUAGCUCUUUAAAUGAUAAAUAAAACUUAACUAUAAGCACUUCGUUACAGGAAUAGCUAAAUACCUUACUCACAAAUGUUUAUUUUAGAAAAAAGAAUUAUGCUCUCGCCCUUGUGUCUUUUUAAGAAAACCAUGAUAAAUUGUUAAAUUAAAAAAAAGCAAUGUAUAUAAAUUCUUUCAAUUUUUGGUCUGAAAUCAAAAAAAUUUUUAAGCAGCUAUUUGUCAUGGUUUAAUAUCUCGAGAUUAGUGAUUGUGAAAAGAUAGAAUUACUCACUUUUAUUUCUAAAUGCAAUUUAAACUAAGGAAAAUUCUAAAAUUCAUUAAUUUGCUUAAACUAAUGCCAAUUAAUUUUCAACAAUCUCUAUUAAAAUACUCAUAACACUGAUUAAAAAGAAUUAAAAGAAAAAGUGUUUAUUCAUGAUAAAUCUAAAGUAAUAUCGUUAUUCAAGAUGGAUACUUAAAAUGAUAACGAAAAGAUAUUUAGAUCAAACAAUUAAAGACUGGCUACUAAUGCAGAUAAAGAUAAUUCAAACUAUAAAUGCAGUAAAGAAAACAAUUUUCUUUCCUUUAGAAUACCAUAACAUAAAUUAAAUAAUUUUAAUGACAAACAAAAAAAUAACAUAAAAAAAUCAAAGAAGCAGUUUUUAUAAAAUGAAACUCAUAAUUUUAAACUUGAUGAAAAAAAUAAUUUAGAAUUAAUAUUUGAGAGCUUAAGAAAUAAAUCUAAAAACUAAUAAAAUACUGAAGGAGAAGAAUUGAUUUUUUAAAUAUUUAAUCUUGCAGUAGCAGAUUAUUUAGUAUUUACUAAACAGUUUUAAAAAUCUGCAUAUAUUUUAGCAGAAUAAUUUGAAAACAAUCAUUUCCUCUAUUCACAUAUUCCUGUAUAAAUUAUCAUCAAAGCGAAUCAAAUUUUUAAAAAUUCUAAAAUUAGAAACACAGAUUUUGAUAAUUUUAAAUAGAAAUUUAAUAAAAAUAUACAAUUCAAAGUAUGCUUCGCUGUUGAAGAUCUCAGUAAAAAUUAUAAUUAUUGCUUUGAGGCAUUAAAUUUAUUUAGUAAUCUAAUUAGCUAAACUCUUAUUAACUAAAAAGAUGAAAUAGGAUUACUAUUUUACAACAAAAGCGAAUAAUCGAUCCAAAACAUUGUGGAAAUGGUUGAAACUGAGUUUUCAAGAAAUUAAAUAUAGAAUAUGAUUGAAAAUAUUUUUUUUAAUUUGAUGAACAAAUAGUAAAUAAAACACAACUCAUGUUAAAAUUAUUAAUAUCCAAGCUUGAAAAAGUAUUAGCAUAGUCCUUAUUUAAGCAUAAAAAAUUAAUCAACAUCAAAUUUAGUAAAUUUAAUAUAAAAAAAUUAAUCAGUUUCCUUUCUUAAUGACAUCUACAUAAAAAGCUAAAUAAAUUCAUUUAGUUAAAUAGUUGAAUAACCAAAUGAACUAGAAGAUAUUGAAAAUCUUAAAAGAAAAAAGGGAACACUUUAUCAAAAAUGCUUUGUGAAUAUUUAAGAAAGGGAAGACUUCCCAAUUUCUAUGUAUAGCUUUCUAUAGUCUCCUUUAAGGGACAGAAUAGAGAAUGAAGAAACACUUAUAUUGUAAAAUCGUAUAGAAGAAAGUGAUCAAAGUAUCGAAAAAUUUACAAAAUUUUAAAAGAAUUAACAAGUUCAAAGAAAUAAGCCAAGUUCUUUACUAUUAUUAAACACGACUUAACUACUUGAUCCUUCUGUAUAGAAGCAUAAUUAUAAAUUUAAUAAUAACAAUUAAUUUUUAUAAUUGAUUAAGCAAAGAGAUAUUCAAAAUUCUACUUAAAUUAAAUCAAAUAUUUUAUCUGAUGAAGAGCUUGAAUUACCAAAGCUGAAUAACUCAAGAUAAUCUGAUAAUCCUAAAUUAAAAGGAAUUAAUUUUUUUAGCAACUAAUCUCUUCCUUAUAAAAGUCCUUAAAACGAUGGUGAUGAUAAUAGCCAAUCGAUUAUUGAUUUCUCUAUUGAUUGUGAAGAGUAAAAAACUAAUUCUGAAUGCAAUUUUCACUUUUUAAUUAGAAAAGCAAUAUUCUAACUAAUACCAAAUAUCCAAUAGAAAUUAAAAAGUAAGCUAGAUGAAUAAAAAUAAGAUUUUGAUUUCUUUGAGUAUAUGCAAGAAAUAAAAGAGUUAAAUAUUGAAACAAAAAGAAAUAAUUUUAUAGAGAAAUAAGACUAAGGAACUUAUGUUCAUAAGGAAAGAGAAGUUAUUAAAAUUUUCUACUCUAUUCAAAGUAUUGAGAAUUAUAUUAAUAGUCAAAGAUAUAAUAUCACAUAAUACAUUUAUCCAACUUACAUACAACAUUUUUGA